AUGCAGACCUUCAAGCGCCGCAACGGCGGCCGCAACAAGCAAGGACGCGGCCACGUCAAGUUCGUCCGCUGCUCCAACUGCGCCAAGUGCGUCCCCAAGGACAAGGCGAUAAAGAGGUUCAAGGUGAGGAACAUCGUGGAGGCAGCAGGCAUGAGAGAUAUCAAGGACGCCUGCGUCUUUGAAGGUUACGUUCUGCCGAAGCUUUAUAUCCUGGAGCAUUAUUGCGUGUCCUGCGCCAUCCAUCAGCAUCAAGUCCGUGUCCGCUCGCGUGAGAACCGGAAGAACCGUGCGCCGCCGGAACGCUUCAGCCGCUUCAAGGCAAGACCUGAGGGCCAAGCUCCACGUCCUGGUGGUAUCGGCGCGGGUCCUGGUGGUGCUGCCGGUGGUCUCGGCACCGGUUCUCCAGCUCCCAACGUCGCUAGCACCUGA